ACAGACAGAACACAGAACCAAAAUAUUUCCCGUUAAAUGUGCGGUAAUUCAUGCCGUUUUUUUGACUCUAUAUUCAGCUCCGUUUCUUAAUAUCUUAAAUCAUGAUUAUUAUAUCCAGAAGGUUGAUUGCCGAAAAUUUCAGCCUGUACAACGCGGCUCGUAGAUUAGAGUUUCUCAGUUCACCUGGAGUCACAUAUUCAACCAAACCAAGCUUAGAUCCAAAUGCAAAAAAUGCUACGACCUCACACACUCACUCCCGAACCGGGAAUCCGGUAGCAAUAGGUGCGGAACGCAAAAGUAUAGUUCCACCAGAAUAUCGAUUUAUCUAUCAGGAAUUCCUACCAGAUCCUAAGAUUGAAUGGCGUAAUCCAAUCCGCGAAAAGCUAGAGCGUAUGGAUAUGCUAGACCGUCGUUCGAAUAUUGACAUACCUGAGUUCUACGUCGGUUCAGUCAUAGCAGUGACGAGUUCGGAUAUGCAUGCCGUUGGCAAGACUUCCCGCUUCGUUGGUAUUUGCAUCUUGCGAGAAAAAUGUGGACUGAGGGCCAGAUUCAUAUUGCGAAAUGUGGUCGAUAAGCAGGGAAUUGAAAUUAGUUAUGAUUUGUAUGAUCCCACCCUGCUGAAGAUUGAAGUACUUCGGCUCGAAAAACGAGUGGAUGAUCAUUUGCUCUACCUGCGUGACGCCCUCGAUGAGUACAGCACAUUCGAUUUAAACAUGGAGCCCGAGAUAUUGCCCGAUGGAGUGCCUGUUCCGGUGAACGAUGUCAAGGUAACACUGAAACCGAGGCCCUGGUACGACCGCUGGGAACGUCACAAUCUGCAGGGCGUUGCCAACAUUGAUGAGCACACUAACACGAAAAAGCGAUUGAAGGCGGAAAAAUUAGCGACUCCGUGGGAACGGUUUGACCUGAUGAAAGAAUACAGAAGGACGAUUCCGGAAGAGGAACAGAAGCAGGUCUUUACCGAGGUGUACUCCCAGUUACAUCAGUUGGAACUGGCCCGUAAGAAGAUGAAGAAAAAGCGUACGUUUGUCAAACCGACUAAACUUGCUUAACUGAACAAAUAAUAUUAGAAUAGGA